AUGCGUCUCUACUACGUCGCACUAGUUGCAGCUGCUGCAUUGUAUACAAGCACUGAUGGGCUUCCUGUUGUCACCAGCUCAGCCCUGAGAGGAACCGCCGCCGACAAGAAGGAGCUUUCCAUCGAAGACAAGACAGAGCGCUUCCUCAUUGCCGAAUCCGCGACUGCGUUAAACGCCCAGAUUGGGCAGGAUGUAAACACGCCCGAUGAAGAUGAGGAAGAAAGAAAAUUUAAGUUGUUUAAGAGAAACAAGCACAAACACAAACACAAGCACAAGCACAAACACAAACAUCAUAAGAAGAAGAAGAAAGGUUCUUCAUCAUCAAACGACUCUGGCUCCGGCUCCGAUAAUCCUCGUUGA